AUGGCUUUGACUGAAGACAUCAUCUUAACAUUUUUACUGGAGCGCGGGGGCAAAGUGAAAAACUCGGAGCUUGUGAACAAGUUCAAAGUACUGAUCAACUCUGGCGAUUCCGCGGAAAAGAAAGAGAAGAGAGAUCUGUUCAAACGACUGGUCAACGACGUCGCCGUGGUGAAACAAGUCGAUGAUGUGAAGUAUGUGGUGGUCAAGACAAAAUAUCAAGGACUCGUCAAAGGUGAAACGAUCUUGGAUAACAGUUUAUUUGACUUAAAAUCACCGUGCAGAUCCGAAAUACAAAACGCGGAUAUUCUUAAUAACAACUUUCCCACCCAAACUGUGGACCGUAAUGAGAGUCAAUUUUCUUCUUUUAAAUGUGAUCGUUCCGAAAAACGGGAAGCUGAUUCAGUCCAUCCUGAAGGACCAUCUGACGGUACUGAGUGUUUGACAGCAAGAGUACUUACUGUGACAAGUCAUGUCAGAAGUGGCCAAACAGGGUCUGUUUUCGCUCUUGUGGCCAUAACAUCUCCACCGAAGUGUGACGAAAGGAGUAACACACAUCACAAAACAACAAAUGAAGAUUCUUCAGAGGUUCAAGUGAUUUCUGAAAGGACCUUGAAACUUCAGGCAACUGAAUAUCAAAAAGGGGCUUUUCUGUACAGGUCUACAAGAACCAAACAAAAAGAGCUUGAAGCACAAGGUUCACCGCAAUUGGGAAGGUGUAGCAAAAUAACCAGACCAGGUAAUGAAGCUAAAGACGCAGAUGUACUUCCCUUAGAACCUGUGGAACAUGAGUGGCUUGUGAAAUCAGCAAAAGGAUGCUGGAGUCAGAUCUAUGGCCUCCUCCUGCAAAAUCCCCAGAUGGCGGAGAAGAGAAAUUUCAUGUCUGGCUUCACAAUCCUGCACUGGGCUGCUAAAAGCGGAAACGGUGAAAUGGUGUGUAAAGUCAUUGACGUUGCAAGACAGAGUGCUGGAGGAAUCAAUGUUAACCCCAAGUCUUAUGAUGGGUACACCCCUCUUCACAUAGCUGCCAUUCACAGCCAUGAGAGGGUUUUAUCCCUGCUGGUGUGCCAAUACGGUGCCAACACUAAUGUAAGGGAUAACAGUGGUAAAAAACCUUACCAUUAUCUGAGUCAAGAUGUGUCAUUUGAAAUGAGAAAGAUGCUCGGAGAUCCUCGAAUCCUGCGGCAGGAUACUCACUGUCAUUUGGGGGGUGGUCAGAACCUUCAAGACUUUCCUAAAGGAUUUAACACCUUGAGUAAACUAUUUCAGCCUCACGUUGUGGGACAUAAAAAGAAACACAGGCGUCGGCAAAGUUUCUAUUUCAUCAGCGAUGAUCAUUAG